AUGAUGUCCAAAAAGCAAUUGACCUGCAUGCUUGCGCUGCAUAUUAUGUACUUGCUGGUUGGUGCGAGCAUAUUCUACCACAUAGAGAGUCCACUAGAAGUGAAGCAAAGAGCUGAAGAUAAACUAGAAAGACUUGAAAUUCAGAAUUUACUAUACGAGAACUACUUACCUGAUGACCCGGACAAGCAGGACACCAUUCUUCGGAAGCUGUCGGACUACUGCGGGAAAUCCAUGUUCAACUACACAACGGAAGAUGCUGAACCUCCUUUCAAAUGGGACUUCUACCAUUCCUUCUUCUUCUCCUACACCGUCGUCAGUACUAUCGGUUAUGGAAAUUUGGCGCCGACAACGCACUUGGGAAGGAUCUUAAUGAUAUUCUACGGUCUGUUUGGUAUCCCUAUCAACGGUAUUCUACUUGCCAACCUCGGUGAAUACUUUGGCAUGCAGCUCAUAUCAGUGUAUCGCAAGUAUAAAAGACGCAAUGAGAAAAGGGCUCAUAACUUAGGAUACUACUUCAACAACUUGGGCAUGUUGGGUCAAAUCUUCUUGUACCUGGUGCCUGGUUUCCUAUUCUUCAUCUUCCUGCCUGCCUGUAUCUUCGUAGUCUUCGAAGGAUGGGACUACGUUGCUGCCAUCUAUUAUGCAUUCGUGACCUUAACUACUAUUGGUUUUGGUGAUUUAGUUGCCGGUACGGUGAACAACGGCUUCAAAUACGGCUACUUCUGCACCUACCAAAUAUUCCUGAUAAUCUGGAUCACAUUCGGUCUCGGCUACAUUGUCAUGUUGCUCGGAUUUAUCACCAGCGGUAUGAGGUCUGAACGAAUCCAUAGGAUAGAACAAAAGUUUGCUUGCCAAUUCAAGAAUACACAAAACAGGAUUCUUCAGGGUUUUACGAAGGAUCUGUCGGCACUUCGAAAAAUCAUUAAUGAAGCCAACUUGAUAAAGAUAAAGCCGGUGUAUGUAGAAGCGCAUCCUCCGCUCUACAGAAGCGCAAGCUGUCCCAUUUUCACAUAUGACGUCGAACCGAGAGGCCCGAUCUACAAAAGAAAGCGAGCGAAUUCCGAAAAUAUUCAAUUAUCUGCUAAAGAUAUGCUUCGAAUUCAAUCUGAUACUGAUCUACUUGGAAUUGAUAAAGAGAAAACGUUUACUGCGUCUGCUAUUGUCAAACCUGCUGAAUUAUUGGCUCGUGUAGUUAACGUUUUGGGCGGUUUAGAACAGGCGCAGAAAGAUCGUAACGAUAAGGGUAUCCAUCUAUUUGAUGAUGAACACAUCUUGGCUAAUGAAAGGCCUCCUAAGUUUAGUAUAGGUCAAGAUUAUAUACCAAAUAAUCCAAAACGAACAAGGGCGUUAAGUGUAGCUGUGCCAAAUUAUAAAAAGGAAUAUAUUCCCCAAGAAGUUCAUGAGCACACCUGGACUAAUGGUGAAUCAGCAGAGAAAUUUAGAAGGGAAGCUAAUAUUAGAAGUGGAAAAUUGUCACUGCCAUCUAAAGUUUAUCCUGAGGAUACAGCACCGUCUCAAAAUAUAAUAACAAGAUUUUUCUCACGAAAACCAAGUUCUAACGAAAUCUUGAAUCCUCAAGCAAUUAACGAAAAUAUCAAAGAUACCUCUAGCACCUCUAAGUCAAAACGAGGCAGCGUGUUCCCCACCUUCUUUGGAUCUGAAGAGCGAAAUGAAGCAGACGCUUAUAAAGAAAAAACUAAGAGGGGUAGGCACAGCAUAUUUCCAACUUUUGAUUUCAAUAAUGAAGAGGAAGAUUAUCUAGCCAAUGCUUACCUUGAAAGAACUAGUCGCGGAAGACAUAGCAUUUUUCCAACAUUCGAUUUUUCUGAAGAUGAGGAUGCAGCAGCUGUUAGAGCCUAUCAGCAGAAGUCUAAAAGACACAGUAUUUUCCCUACAUUUAAUUUUAGCGAAGAUGAAGAUGCUAAAGCAUACAAAGACAGAACAAGAUCAGGUCGCCGUAGCAUAUUUCCUACGUUUGACUUCAGUGACCCUGAAGAUGAUGCAGAACGCUACAGAGAAAAUACUAAACGCGGUAGGCGAAGUAUAUUCCCGAGUUUCAAUUUCAGUGGUCUUACUAGUAAUGAUGAAGACACUGUAGAUGAAGAUGAGGUAAAGAAAUACCAAAACCGUACGAAAAAGGGACGCCUUAGCUUAUUCCCUUCAUUUGGUCGUUCUAAGAAAAAUGACGACGACGUAAUGCCAGAGAGUUCGGAUGAACUUGUUGAUUACAAGAACAAAACUCGUUCUGGACGUGGAAGCCUAUUUCCGUCCUUUGGUGGAUCUCGUAAAAAUAGUUCGCCAAAUUCAUGUGCAGGAGAUUUAGAAUCUUCUAUAAAACAAUUUAAUAACCAAAAGCGAUUUAAUCGCAAUAGGUCUCUAGAAGAACCGGGACAAACGUCAAGUGAUUUAGAGCGUUAUAGAAAUAGAACAAGACAUGGUCGCCCAAGUCUUUUCGACCCAGAUGUAAAUAUAACUAGCCUCCCUGAAGCUGAACAAGUUGAAGUCUUAGAAAACACAAGUGUAGCUGAUCUUCUCAGAGCCUUAGCAGUUUUGGAAACUGCAGCCGGGUCAUCUAACGAUCCUCCUGGACUACUGGAUUUCAUAACCGAGCCGAGCGCUGUUGCGUCACGACGAAGGGGAUCGAUUAGACCAGAUUUUUCAAUACCUACGCCGCCUAGUAGGGAUAGUCUUGAAGAUAAGUCAAGACGUUUUGAUGAUUCUGGACCACGUCGAAGAAGGGUGUCUGCAAGAGCUGCCGCUCCACAGUUUACUCCUACACUAGCAACUGUUGUUGCUGGGGCGGAGUUACAGAUACCAACAGCUACUGCUGCACGGGAGACUCGCAUGUCAAUGUUGCAGCAGCCCCCGCCUCCUUAUUCAGAGACUGAAGGUGAAGAAGAGGUAACGAAACCUCGAACAAGGAGGUAUUCUCCCGCUCCACCUGAUGCUGGCCGAUCCAGCACAGGUCCUGUGCCAAGACUCUUCUCUCGUAUGCGAAGAGAAAGCGCAAACGCUGAAGAAGGAGAUUCACGACGUUGUAGUUUAACUGAUGUAGUUGUAGACAACUUUAAAGACAAAGACAAUACGUAA